AUGCUAACGUCCUCCACGUGGCAGGAAGCCAAAUCAGGAGAGAUCGACCUCCGAGGAGACCGAGAUGCCACACAUGCCAGCGUCACGGCCGUGUUGCAGUUCCUCCUCACGGAUCACUUCGAUGCAGCAGGGGACGAUUUGCAGUUGGCCUUGUCUGUGCGUUCCCUGGCGGACCGCUUUUGCAUCGCGGAGCUGGGUCAAAGUGCAGAUAUGGCCCUGAAGUACAUGCUCACCGAGGAGGGGCGGUUUGCAGUGGCAGGCGCCGAAGAGGCCUGCUGGCAGAUGCUGGAAAACAACAAGGGCUUGCUGUUGAGACAAGAAUUGGCCCUAGAUGAGCUUGUGGUUCAACACCCCAAGCUGGCCAAGCGAUUGAUCCUGCUGGGGCAGAAAUCGCCCCGGCCGGUCGACGACUCAUGUGUUACUUUCGGCUUCGAGCCGCCGAAAAUGUGGGCGCAGGUCGAUCAUGUACAGAUGGCCCAACCCCGAAGGCGACCCACGGAGAAGAACACUGAGCUGCUGCUGGAGAGACUUUCCACUGGCCAACGGGCUUUGCGGAAGAUCCGCUGGCAAAUCAGCGGCUCCAUGGCCAUUCUUGGGCUGGCUUUUGCCGCUGCCAGUAGUGUUUGGAUCACCGUGAGGCUUGCGCAAGGUGGUGAAGUCGAUCACCUGGAUUUGACCAUCAGUUGGACCAUCUCGGUCACGGGCAUCGUUUUGUUGGUCUCAGCACCUUUGCCAGAUGACGCCACCUUAACACGUCUUGCCAGCUUGGGUGUGGCAACUCUUUGUGGCUUCUUCACCAGCUAUGAAGCCGUCGAUGCGGUGAAGCAUUUGAAAAUGUUCGCAGAAGCCCAAUGUUGGCAGAGGCCGAACGUCAUCACCUUCGAAGAUCGUCGCAUGUCUCAAGGAAUUUGUAUUUGGUAUUUAUGUCUUUGUGUGUGGAACGUUUCUUGGAAUGUCUUGAACAUGGGGUUGUUCCUUUCAACUGCAUUCCAACGGAGCGCUUACACAAUGCAAGACCGAAUGUGGAGAUUUUUGACUCUUUUCUUUCAAGUCAAUGUUUUUGUGGAUGUUGUGCAGAUUCUCUUCGAUACUGUGGCUCUUCACCGUCUCAACACUGGAUGCUUUUUCCUUAUAGGAGAUUUGACAGGCCUGUGCCUCACCUGCUAUGGCGGCGUCCCGAAGCGCUUGCACGAGCUGCUGCGGCGCUACUUCGAGGCCACCGAGCGGACGGCUGCGGCCGCGGGCAUCGCCAGCCUGGUGGGAAAUUGUGCUGUGCAGGAAGCGUUGGACCAAGCGACCUCAAGGUUUCGAGUGAUCAACGUCGACAAGAUCCAACUCUCCGAUUUGGGCAGCAACCAGCCAUCAGCCGAACUCUUCGAGCGAUCUGUCCCUGCUAGCUUGGGCUCUUGCGAUGCCUUCAUCUCACACUCUUGGAGUGACGACCCAGGCGCCAAAUGGGCUGCGCUCAUCUCGUGGCGAGACCGCUUUGUGAGCAGCCGUGGCCGAUCGCCCUAUGUUUGGUUUGAUAAAGCCUGCAUCGAUCAGAGCGACAUCGAAGCAAAUCUGCGGAUCUUGCCCGUCUUCCUGAGUGGGUGCAGCUCCUUGCUGGUCCUUUGCGGCUCUUCAUUCCUAAGUCGACUCUGGUGCGUUCUGGAGCUUUUUACCUUCGUGCACAUGGGAGGGAAGACUUACGACAUUGAUUGUAUCUCCCUGCUCUUGCCCGGUCAAGAAGAAUCAGACUGGAAUGCCAUCCACGUUCUUUGUUCGCAGUUUGAUGUGCGAAAUUGUGACUGCUCUGUGCAAGCUGACAAGGAGAAGAUCCUGUCAAUCAUCCAGACUGGCUUCGGAGACAUGGACCACUUCAACCACGCGGUACGCCGCGUGAUGCGGCGGAUUGAUGGGCUCUCAAGCCACCAGUUCCUGUUCACCUCUUCAGAUUCUUCGAGUAGUUCGUCCUCAGAAUUGAGCGACAGCGACAGUGAGACCGAGCUAAGUCCAUACAUGGAAGACUGA